UUUGCCCAUUUUCGUACCCAAUGGUAAUACUUUCAUCUCUCAUCAUUAUCUUUUUCUCUUUCUUCGUCGAUUCGAAGUCUUCACGCACAAAAUUAUCAAAAUCCCCAAAUUGAAAAUUAUAAACCCUAGUUUUCUCAGGAAGUCCUUGAUUUAGGGACAUCUUUUAGUUAUCUGAGUUGGUAUUUUUCUUUCAAUCAUGAUGAGAGGAGGGCAAGAUCAAAAUUCUAAAGUUUUUCAUGAAUUAUGUGGAUUGGUACAAAGUAUACUAAGAUCUCCGCAUCUAAUUCCAUCGACAUCAUCAUCUUCUAAUGGCAUAUCAACAACGACAUCAAGAAGAACAACGACGAUUUCUUCAUCGUCAAAUUCAACGACAACCUCGAUAUCGACAGCUCAAGUAUCACCGGCAGGUUUUGCUUCGUUACUACUUGGUGUAUCAUUAGCUUUGAUGUUAUGUGGAUCGGUGACUUUUGUAAUAGGGUUCAUAUUGAUGCCAUGGGUACUUGGAUUAGUUAUGGUUUUAUAUUUUGCUGGGAUUAUUUCGAAUCUAUCUGGAUUGGGACGGGCUCUUCUUUAUCCGGUUAUGACAUCUCCGGUGUCUCCAGUACCUCCACCUUCUCGGAAAGAGAUUUCUGCAACAAAAUAUCUUUGAAACUAUCUGAUGUUAUAUUUCAAGAGGUGCUGAAGUCCUCUUUACCAGUGAGACUUUGUAAAGAGGGGGUCAUGUUGAUACAAAAGAUUAACGCUGCUGCUUCCAGCUCUUACCGGAGCUGCUGCCAAAUGACAUACAUAGUGAUAGACGGAACCGUCUAAAACAGCGACAGUUGAACUUUAAACAACCCUAAACAAGCUCGGAGUUUGUGUAUACUUUUAACCGAGCUAAAGAGAAAAAACCUUUUUAUUUCAGUUUUUACCUGCUUUGUAAAGGGAAGAUCAAGUCUAGUGUUGCUUCUUCUGUAACCGAUCCUGUUGCUAUGUCUGUUUUCACUGUGUUUAUAACCUGAACCAUUUCAAUUCUUUUAAUCAGAAUUCAUCAAAAUUGAUUUGCAUUAGGCAUACCCA